AUGUUGGGUAUUCUAUGUUCACCAGGAGAAGGCACUUCGGUCCGCCUUCUAGGAGAUGAAACGUGGUUGGACAGCAAUCUUUCAUUCGAGAAAUGUUGGAGAGAUGAAAAAAUUGGCGCUGCCAUCAAAGAUAGCUCAGGUCAUCGUCUGAUUGUGGUUCAUGCUGGAUCAGAAUCUGGUUUCGUUCCAAAUGCCGGAUUAAUAUUUAAAGCUGGAUCUGCAACUGGAGAUUAUCACGGGCAGAUGAACUCUGAUAAUUUUAAAAAAUGGAUAGUUGAGAAGCUUCUACCAACGAAUUCGGUAAUUCCAACGAAUUCGGUAAUAGUUAUGGAUAAUGCAGCUUAUCACACAAAAGUAAUGGAUCCCGUACCCACAAAAAGCUCAAAAAAGGAUAAAAUGUGUGCCUGGUUGGAAAAAAAGCAAAUCUCGUAUGAUAAAAAAAUGCGAAAAGUUCAGUUACUAGAACUGAUGUCUGCAAAUGCAAGUGUCGAAAAAAAAUAUUUCAUUGACGAAAUUCUAAAAGAACAAGGUCAUGAUGUUUUGAGACUCCCCCCAUACCAUUGUGACUUAAACCCAAUAGAAUUAAUUUGGGCGGAUGUUAAACGUUACGUGCGAGAGAGAAAUGCGACUGUCGACAUGAGUUUUCAACGUCUUGAAAGUCUUGCUUCGGAAGCCAUGAUAAAUAUUGGAAAUAUGAGAUGGGAAAAACUUUGCAAACAUAUCGAACACAUUGAAAAGAAGUAUUGGGAAACUGAUGGCAUUGUCGAAGAAGUCGUGGAAAACAUUUCUUUCAACAUCAAUUCGGAUUCUGAUACCGAGAACCAUUUUAGUGAUGAUGACGCUGAUGAUAGUUAUGACGAUGAACAUUAA